GCUCACCUCCCCACUCUCUCCUCUCUCCUCCUCACCCCCCCUCCCCCCUCCCACUCCGAAAACCAUGUUCACCCGUGGCGUCCGUCCCGCCCUCACCGUCGCCCGCGUGGCCCGCCAGCAGCAGGCCGGCAUGGCGACCCUCAAGGAGAUUGACCAGCGUCUCAAGUCGGUCCGCAACAUCGAGAAGAUCACCAAGUCGAUGAAGGUCGUCGCCUCGACCAAGCUCACCCGUGCCGAGCGUGCCAUGAAGGAGGCCAAGAAGUACGGUGCCGCCAACAACGAGCUCUACAACCACACUUCGGCCGAGGAGGAGGCCGCUGCCGAGGGUGGCAAGAAGAUUGUCUACCUCGCCGUCUCGUCGGACGGUGGUCUUUGCGGUGGUAUCCACUCUUCGAUCUCGCGUUACACCAAGAAGGCGCUCGCUGCCCAGCCUGGAGAGCUCGCCAUUGUUGGUGACAAGCCCAAGGCCCAGCUCGGCCGUACCGCUGCCGACCAGAUCAAGGUCACCUUCGCCGGUGUCGGCAAGGACGUGCCCACGUUCGCCGAGGCCUCGGCCAUUGCCGACGAGAUCCUCAAGGUCACCCCCGACUACGACGAGAUCCGCAUCAUCUCCAACCACUACAUCUCGGCCCUCUCGUACGAGGCCAACACUGUCACCCUCACCUCGGCCGAGGCCCUCCGCAACUCGCCCGGAUUCCAGCAGUACGAGAUGGAGGAGGACGUGUCCAAGGACCUCGCCGAGUUCUCGCUCGCCAACGGCAUCUACACUGCCCUUGUCGAGGGCCACGCCGCCGAGAUUUCCGCUCGUCGUACUGCCAUGGAGAACGCCUCGAACAACGCCAACGACAUGAUGGCCUCGCUCCAGCUCCAGUUCAACCGUGGUCGCCAGGCCGUCAUUACCACCGAGCUUAUCGACAUUAUCACCGGUGCCUCGGCCCUCUAAGCACAACACGUGCUUGGAUGGGGUUAAAAAUGAUAAGAUGCAUGGAG